AUGAUCAAUAGGGAAUCCCCCCCACAGCACAGCACACAAGAGCCCCCACACCUCCACAGCCAUGCCACCUCCCCCGCGCUCGACACCCCAAAUGUGGCCCUCAGGAGACAUAAUGGCCAGUACACCAACUGCGGCGACAUCUUUGGUCUGCGCGCCCUCGUCGCCGGGCCGCGCAGCUACGUAGAGCCCUACAAGCCCUUCUCCGGCAUGAGCACCAGCCGCCUCGUGCGGAAACUGGUCGACGGCGGCGCCUGGGAGGUUGCCAAAGAAGUGCUGGUCUACCGGCGGUACCACGAUGCAGGUGGCGCCAUCACCGACAUCGCAGGGCUUCAGAAGGACCUAGACGCGCCGUUCAAGAUGGAGUGGGAGGACGCUAGGAAGCUCUGUGACUAUGAGGAGCUGUUCAACGACUGUAUGCGGAUCGCUCUACCUCCAAUCACAGAAACUUGGAAACCCUCAACCGCUCCUCCAGCGCUCCAGGCCGUGCUCCCCCCGCCCACCGCCGCCCUCCCGACCCUGUCGCUAUUUUUCGCCUCGUGGCUGCUAGCCUACCGCUUUGGAUACGACAGCGUCCGCGCCUUCUCGCGGCGCAACCCGCUCACCCUGCAACAGCUGGCCGACUUCCACCUGCACGCACGGCUCAUGACCGCCAGCCGUCACUUCAAGCGCCACGUGUGCUGGCCGCAGUGGUCGAGAGCGUUCGACACGCUGUAUCCGGACCUACUACUGCUAUGGGGCCACGACCUGCAGAACUGCGACUGGCUGAUGACGAAAAAGGUCAUGGCGGGCGGGAACGCGCUGCUGCGGCAUAAGGUGUUCUUCCACCUUGCGGCCGUGGGCGUGGAGGGGGAGGGCUGGGAGAGUGGGCAGGUGCGUGGGUGGAUGGGGUUGAGGAGGGGCUGGGAGAGGGAUAGGGCUGAUACUGGCGUAGGCACGCUAUUGGGCAAGUACGAGAAGUAUUGUGAUUUGGGGAGGAAGAAGUUUGAGUAUUUUGUGGUGUUGACUCCGAGGGAUAGAGCGGUUUAG